AUGGAGAGAGGGAGAGGAGGAGGAAGGAGUGUGGGGGGCUCCAGCCUGCACAGGAGCAUUUACUCCCAGUCUCAACAGCAGUAUAACUAUCCUGCCUCCUCUCAGGGGGGCUGCAUGGAGAUCCAGGAGCUAGCCUCCAAAAGGGUGGACAUCCAGAAAAAGCGAUUUUAUCUGGAUGUGAAGCAGAGUUCCCGAGGCCGCUUCCUGAAGAUAGCGGAGGUCUGGAUAGGAAGAGGCAGGCAGGAAAAUAUCAGGAAAAGCAAACUGACUCUUUCCUUGUCUGUGGCUGCUGAGCUGAAGGAUUAUCUGGGAGAUUUCAUAGAGCACUAUGCCCAUUUGGGCCUCAAAGGCAGCCAGAGUCAUAGACAUGAACACAGUAAUGGCAAAGAUCAAGAUUUGAGACGGCGGCAACAGCAUCAUCUGCCUUCGCCUCCAGCAUCUGUUGAAUCCGAAGAGCAUCCUCACAGUGUCCUGAAAACUGAGUAUAUAGAAAGAGACAACAGGAAGUAUUAUCUAGACCUGAAGGAGAAUCAACGUGGGCGUUUCUUAAGGAUUAGACAAACCAUGAUUAGAGGACCGGGCAUGAUAGGUUAUUUUGGCCACAAUUUGGGACAGGAACAGACUAUUGUCCUUCCAGCCCAAGGGAUGAUUGAAUUCAGGGAUGCUUUGGUCCAGCUAAUUGAAGAAUAUGGGGAGGGAGAUAUAGAAGAACGAAGAGGUGGGGGUGAUGAACCCCUUGAGCUUCCAGAGGGGACUUCCUUCAGGGUGGACAACAAGCGGUUCUACUUUGAUGUGGGCUCUAACAGGUAUGGCAUUUUUUUGAAGGUAAGUGAGGUGAGACCACCUUACCGUAACACCAUCACUGUCCCGUAUAAAGCGUGGACAAGGUUUGGGGAAAACUUUAUCAAGUAUGAAGAAGAAAUGAGGAGAAUUUACAACAGCCAUAAAGAGAAAAGAAUGGAUGUCACAGGUGACAGUGGUGAAGAGCAAGAGGGUCUGGAAUAG